GUUUGGAUCAGGCUUCCUAUCCAGCUGUAAGAAUGAUAGAAAACAUGCUAACAAAAAGCCUCAGACCUGCAGCUCAUAGGAGGUUCUGGACAGAUUAUUACUGCAGUUAUCAGGAAAAGUACCGGCAUCAUGUAAAAACUCAUUUUGGAAGCUUGCUUUGACUGCUAUUUUCUGAAAACUAAAAAAAUACAUAAAAGUAAUAAAGUAGAUACAUGAGAAUGAAGGUAUUCUGACUCAGUGUCUGAUAUAACAACACAUAAUAAUCUGGCCAAACAAAAAUCAGAAAUCCUGAGAAGUAACUUCCAGCAUCUUAUAAGAACGACUGAAAAUGAAGGUUUUGAUCAGGGGACCAGUAGAGAGAAUUACAGCAGACUGCAGUGAUUAGUAAAAGGUUUAUUGAAGGAACCUCUGGUGGGCUUCAUCGAACACAGAACCACGUGAUCAUGGAGCAGAAAUGACCCUCCUGGAUUCAUCAAUGUCAGCAAACGUUUCUCAUGUCCAGAGAAACCGUCCCAUCUGGACCACCAAGAUUCUUUCCUGCCCUUUAAACUCCACUUUUCAGUCCAGAAAAUUUUUGUUUAAACUUUGAAACUGCUGCUAGGAGUAAAUUGUGAUGUCAGUGAAGUGGGAGGGGCUUCAGUCAGACGUCUACCUGUGGUGUUCAGGUGAAUAAAGGCUGAAGCUCUGCUGCAGUUUGCACAGUGCUGUUAAUCUGCUUCAGUGCAUUUAGAGAAGUUAAUGAGGGAUUUAACGUAACUGAACUGGUUCUCUCACAUGUUGGAUGUUUUUUCUUCACUGCUUUGCGUUGGGAUGUUUUGACUGAAUGUGUUUUCAGUUUAGCAGAAAUCCUCUAAAACCAUAAAAACCAGUGAAAAUGCAGGUAAACUCAGAGUUUCACCACUGAUUGGUCUGAACUGAAGUGAUUCUGUUUGAUCGACUGAAACUGAUUUUCCUAAAGUUGGUUUGAUUCAAGCUGCUGAACAAAGCAAACAGUUUGUUUUUCUGUCCAUGCAGAAGCUGAUUCUAAACCACUGAAAUCUGUUUUCUGUUUGUUUACCACUGAGACACGUGUUGGGUUUCCUCUGAAACUGUUGCCAUCUCUUGGACAUGAAUGAGAAAGUUCACAUUGUGUUUGUCCUCAACGGUCUGAACGACUCGCUGACCAACCGUCAGAUCUACUUUGGUCUCACGCUGACGUCGUACCUCUUCACCGUCUUUGUGAACCUCACCCUCAUCCUCACUGUGUGUCUGGAUAAAACCCUCCACCAGCCGAUGUACGUCUUCUUGUGCAACCUGUGCUUCACUGGGAUCUGCGGAGCGUCCAGCUUCUACCUGAAGCUGCUCAGCGACCUUCUGGCUGACGCUCAUGUCAUCACGUACACCGGCUGCUUGACUCAGAUGUUAAUCUCUUACACUUAUAUCUUCUGCCAGCUCAACAGUCUGACCAUCAUGGCCUACGACCGCUACCUGGCCAUCUGCCAGCCGCUGCGUUACUGGGCUCUGAUGACUGGCCAGAAGGUGGCGCUGCUGUUGCUGCUCACCUGGUGUCUGUCACUAGUGGAAACAGCCGUGGGCAUCGCUCUGAUCGCCAUGCUGCCUCUCUGCAGUCACCACAUCCCCAGAAUUUUGUGCACCAGCUGGGAGGUGGUGAAGCUGUCCUGCUCCGACACCUCAGCCAACAAUCUGUACGGCAUCAUGUUAAUGACCCUGCACCUGGUGCAGGUCAUAGUGAUCCUAGUGUCGUAUGUCCAACUGGUCCGAUCCGCCGCUCGCUCUCAGGAACACCGGAAAAGGUUUGCUCAGACUUGCCUGCCCCACCUGCUCUCUCUGCUCGUCUUCUACGCCUCACUGCUGUUUGAUUCUCUGUACUCUCGUUUCGGCUCCUUGCCGGCGCUGCAGAACGCUCUGGCUGCAGAGCUUCUGGUGGUGCCGCCCAUCGUCAACCCCGUCAUCUACGGCAUGAACCUGAAGCAGAUCAGGACCCGAAUCAGCCUCUGGAUCAGCUUCAGACCACAGAACCUUCAUAGAGGUUUCUUAAAAUAAAAUCACAAAACAACAGUAAAUAACUGUAGGCCGUUAUCAACGGGCUCCGGGUCCCACUCAGGACACUGGUUCCUCCUCACAGGUUCCCAUCAGGAUGUCGGAAUAUUUAAUACAUUUUCAACAGUUUAUUAAAAUGUCAAACUUUAACUAAAAUCUCCCAGAAAUAUUUCCAGACCAGCAGGACUGUAUGUAAACAUGAACUGUGAUUUCAGCAUGUUUUAUGAUGCAGGCUUGAUUUAAAAAAAUCAAAUACAAUCACAAUAGAAACCCCUAAAAAUAUUCUGUGAAAACUCGUUCUUUACCUGGUGUACUAUGAAGAAGUAUGUAGAGUUCAUGUUUUUUAAUAAAAACAGUUUAAACAAUGAUGGCAGUAAAUACCCAAAUUAUAAAUAUUCAUAUUUAAUCAAAAUUUCAUAAAAGAAUUGCACAAAAUAUUGACAUAUUUAAUUGUUUACCAGAGGAAAAAUAUGAGCAUAAAUGUAACAUUUCAAUUAAAAAAAUUAAUUACCAUCAUUUUCAACAGUUUCUACCCAAAUUUAUAUAUUUUAAAUGUCAUACAUCAUUAAAAAUUAAAUGAUUAUAACAUUCACUGCUGUUUGUUGCAUUUUCUGAGAAAAUAAACCAGAUUUUAUUCAGAGUUCUGUAGAAGAAACUUUGAAAUUUUAGUUUUAACUUAAAGAUAUUGUUUAAAACAACAAACAAUUAGAUUCUUUUAAUUUAAAUCAUUAAAUUGUAAUUUUGGAUAAUUGAUUCUUAAUUUGACCAAAGAUUCAUAAACAUGACUCUUAAAUAAAGAAGUUUUCUCUUUUGCUUAUGAAACGGUUUUUAUGAACACAUUGUGAAGUUUUAUAACCACCAACAAUUUACUACGUUUCAUUAUUGUUUCCAUACUGAUCAGAUCAUUUUAUACUUUAGUCUUUACAUGUUUCUGUCAGGAAUACACACAAAUUCUGCUUUACUCAAAAAGUAAUUUGGUCCAAUUUCCAAACUCCUCUUCAUUAAGUCUAGUUUAUUUAAUA